AUGGAGGUCAACCAGAUAAUUAACCGUGCGUUGAAUGAAAUAGCCAGUGGAAUGUUAACUAUGACCGCCAGCUGGCGCUGCUCGGGAGCCUUGAUCGCUCAAUUCAAACCGUUCGAGGCUAGACAUGCUGAGGAGCUCAAGACAACCAAGGCCAAACAUAUCAAGCAGCUCGAAGCAGCCGAGAAGACAAACACUGGACUGCUCGAACAGAAGGACAAGCUGGCCGAAGAGCUGAAACAGCACCAAGCUGCCUUGACCCAAGCCAUUGAAGCUAAAGAGAAGUUCAAGAAGGCUUCUUUGAUUAAUUUCAAGGAAGCCUCUAAGCUUCAAGAUGAUUUGGUCAUCAGCAUAAAGGAGACUGAGGGGUUGGAGGAGUGCAUCAAAGAGCUCGAGGAGAUCAAUGCUAGCAAUUUGGAGAGGUAUAAGGGUGCCACCUUCAACUACUUCUACGCGUUCUGGAAGCAUAACCGUGAGGCAGACUUCAGCUAUCUCUCUGAACGCAUGAGGCAAUCUGAAAUAAACAGGUGCCUUGCUUGGCUUGAAGAAGAGGAGAGAGCGAAAAUCCCAGCCUCCCCCGAAAUCUCCUUGGCUACGGGCAUUGAUGGCGUGGAAGAGGAAAUUGGGGCCUCAUUCGACCAGCAAACUCCUCAAGACCCUCCUGCUUCAUAA